AUGAGCGCGGCGGCAGCGCCCAGCGGCGGCGGGGGGGAGGAAGCUGGGGAGGGAGGCAAGAAGAAGGUGGACGGGGAAGGGCGCGGGAAGCGCGUCCCGUUGGCCGGGCGGCCGCUGUUCACGAGCGUGGCGUCGACCAAGGGGCACCGGCCGCGCAUGGAAGACGAGUUUUUCUUGUCCUCCGACGGGAGCUUCUCGGCCGUUUACGACGGGCAUGGUGGUGCUAACGUGUCAGAGUACUUGAGGCGAAACCUCUACAAGCACGUGAUGGACCACCUGCCCCCCGGGGACGACGUGUACGGCCUGGAGACUGUCCAGGAGGCGUUGCGGUCGGCCUUCAAGUGCGCCGACGACUACGUGAUCACGCAGACCCCCUACGGCAACGAGGGGAGCUGCGCCGUGUCGGUUACGAUCCACUGCGACAGGGAGGGCAAGGUCUCCAUCAUCUCCUGCAACCUGGGAGACUCACGGGCGGUGCUGAGCAGGGGAGGGAAAGCUCUGGACCUCACGGAGGACCACAAGCCCAACGCCCCUAGAGAGAUGGAGCGAAUUUACAGGCAUGAUGGGAUGGUAACGUGGGAGGGGUUCGAAUGCUCUCGAGGCCUGCAGAUAGAGGGGACAGGCGUUUACCGCAUCAACGGGAGCCUUGCCGUCGCAAGAGCGAUCGGGGACAUCGACUACCGCCCCUGGCUAUCGGCCGAGGUGGAGAUCAAGACGAUCGACUUGAAGCGCGAGACGGACCAGUUCGUCAUCCUGGCGAGCGACGGGUUGUGGGACGUCAUGUCCUCCGAGGAGGCCGUUCAGUACGUCCACGCCGUCAUGGGGGGCGCCAUGGGGUCGGGGAAGGAGGGGGACAAGUGGAGCGGCGGCGUCGGCGACAAGGCCGGAGGUUCGGGCGCGGAAGCGGGCAAGCCCCCUCACAUGACUCUUGUAAACUGGACGCAAAGCUACGCCGAGGACCGAGGAAUGAUCAGGGCGGCCACGAUGCUCCGAAAGAAGAAGAUGGCGGGCUACCUGACGGAGGAGGCGCUGAGAAGGGGGUCCACGGACAACACGACGGUUGCGAUCGUGUGGCUGCAGUAGUGUGACCGCAAGCGCCAGCCAGCGCGUGUGGCUUUCAGCGACUGACCGAACGUGCGAGAAUGCCAUGGUUGUUGCUGUUGGUGUUGUUUACCGCCGGUCUCUCCGGCUACUGACUGCUACAGCAGUACGCUUGGAAGGAUAAUUGCUGUUUUUGCCGGGAAUCGUGUGAAGAGCCAGAAAAUCGUGGGCUCUAGCGAGAGGGCUGAAGAACUAGCCGCCUUUUUGGGAGAGGUUUCGUAGACAGAAGAAACAGCAACCGUAUCACAUCGGCGUCAACGGGUUGGACCAUGCUGCUCCACCGUUUAGAUAAGAGGCUGUGCGGCGGGGGAACAUAGAAGUACACUUGGUGGUUAGCAGGUUUGAAAUAGAAGACGAAACAUUGUUGUUCCCAGGAUCACGUACUGGACGACUGGGAAAUAAAUCACUAUUUGCCACGUGCAAGAAUUCUCGAAAACGGCAGCACUAAGCGCUUAUGCACUGCCGUUUCGUAAUGUUUGGCUUGGUGCGCUGUGAGACGCGGAUUGUUAUGCUUCAUGUUCUACUUUCAUGCACCGGAUCGCCGGUGGUUGUGGGUUCCCGCCUGUCUUUUCUUCGCUUAGUGCGGGCGGUCUUCCCUCCCACCUCCGCCCCGCUCGAUUUGCGGCGGGACUUAUAUAUAGUUAGAGGUCGUCUUAAACAGAGGUGCAUAGAGCAUAACUAGGUUCAUGGGGGUGUACAUAGAUGGACGGCUACCCAGCGAGGGGGGUACUGGCUGCGUGCGAGAGGACGGAAAUCGCGCCGAGGCGCGCAUGUAUGUAUGUCCGUCUCCUAUGCUUUUUGUGUCGAGGAAGCGGGGGUGUUGGCUUGUAGAGCUAGCGGGAGGGAGGCUCCAGCCCUCCAUGCGAUUAGUCGGGAAGAACUGUUUGCUCCCCCGUGGAGUCUUGAGGCGCAUGUCCCGGCGAACGUCGCUCUCGAUAUCUUGAGUGCAUUUUUAUGCUCCAAGGAAGUGCUGAGAUAGAGUCUUGUCCGGCGGUAUUCGUGCUGUAUUUGGUGCUAGGAUGACACGAGUCAUGAUGGGUCUGAUGGCAGUACGCUGCCUGGGACUGCGGCAUAGGGGAUAGGCUAGUGCAGUAGCAGCGGCAGCAGUAAAAACUCGUCACGG